AAUCAAUGAACAACACCAGAAAUUACUACGAUUUAAAUACGGGAGCUACGUCGAACAAUAACUAUAAUUUGAAAUCAAAGUCAAUUCUUGAUAAAUUGUGGUAGAGGUUUUUCAGUUUUCACCUUCAGCAACAAAUACAUUUCCAUGAACUUUUCACUUUCCACCAAUGAAUUCCUAACCAUGCAACCCCCCCUAUCCAAUUGAGCUAUCAAUUGUCUGCAAAAUUCCUCAAUCCCAUAGUUUCUUCUCUUCUUAAAAAUCAACCCCAAUUGUCUCUCUUACCAAUAGAAACACGUUUUACCAUAAAUUCAAGACACCUUCACGUCACAUGUAGUUGCUUUUGCUGCCACAUUAAAUUCCUCCCCACCUCUUCCUAAUUCCUAAACCAACUGUAAGUCUGUAACCAUCUAGCUCGUCUCUAUAUAACGCAAGAUAAAAAAAAAAGCCACCCCCUGUAGCCUCAUAACUGAAAACAGAGCAUUUCUCUCAAACACCAGAAAUGAAGAACAUCCGAGUUCUCUCCCUUCUCCUUCUACCAAUCCUGAUUCCAUCAGGAUUAACCGGUCCGGCCGGCGCGGACGGUCUGGCCACCUUUGUGUUCGGCGACUCCUUGGUGGAUCACGGGAACAACAAUUACAUAGUUACCCUGUCGAGGGCAAACUACCCACCCAAUGGGAUUGAUUUCGGUCGGCCCACGGGUCGGUUCACCAAUGGAAGAACCAUUGUCGACAUUCAAGGUGAGGUAUUGAGUGGAGGGAGUUUAGUUCCUCCUUACUUGGCUCCCACUACCAUAUGGCCGGCGACUCUUCAAGGCGUCAACUAUGCUUCUGGCGCCGGAGGGAUCCUCAAUGACACCGGAAGGCUUUUCGGUGGUAGGAUCAGUUUGGACGCUCAGAUUGACAACUUCGCCAACACAAGGCAGGACAUUAUAGCAAGAGUCGGCCCGGACCAAGCUCAGAAUUUUUUCGACAAGGCGAUGUUUGCUAUUGCAAUCGGGUCGAACGACUUCAUCAACAAUUAUCUGAUUUCCGCUGACAGAUUGGUCCCUCCCGAAAUAUUUGUCACCGCCAUGAUCAAUAGGUUCAGACUUCAACUCACUAGGUUGUACGAAUUGGGCGCCCGGAAGAUCGCCGUGAUGAACAUCGGCCCAAUCGGGUGCAUCCCUUACCAAAGAGACGUCAACCCAACCGCCGGCGACGACGACUGCGCGGCUCUCCCCAACGAGUUGGCUCAGCUCUUCAACUCAAAACUGCGGACACUCGUUCAGCAACUCAUCACCGAAAGUCAAACUUUCCCCGGGCUCCAUCUUGUCCACGGCGAGGCCUUCCGUAUCGUCAGCGACAUCAUCGCCAACUACGCAUCGUACGGCUUCGAGAACGCCAACUCAGCGUGCUGCCGCGUGGCGGGCCGGCACGGCGGGCUGAUCCCGUGCGGCCCGCCGUCGUUGGUUUGUCCCGACAGGACCAAGUUCGUGUUCUGGGACCCGUACCACCCGUCGGAGGCCGCGAAUUUGAUCAUCGCCGGGCGGUUGUUGGACGGCGGCGCGGAUGACAUCUGGCCUAUGAACGUGCGCCAGCUGGCUGCGAUUUGAGGAAUUGGGGAAUUAAUUCUUACUUAUCUAAUAUCUAUGAUCUAGAAUUGUGGGAUCCGGAGAAUAAGGAAAGUUGUAGGGUGACAAAUUGGUUGUGAGAUCUUCAUAGCGCAGCAUAAGAGUUAGUGAGGUUUGGUAAGGGAAAAACUUGAAUCGGACCGUUUCAGUGGGAUUUAUUACUUGUAGUCUGCUAGUCUUCAGUCUUCACCAACCAGUGAAUCUUCUGUCCCUUUCUAAUUAUUCUGUUUGGACCAUCCGAGGAAACUGUGAACCAGAGCCCAACAAUUUUUUUGAGCCGAUUGAAUUUGCUUUAACUCACAUUUGUGGGUAAUUCACUUCAGUAAACGAGAGGAACUCCGACAUUGACCGGAUAUGUGAUGUCUAUGGAUAAAUACUCUAAAUUGUG